AUGUUUUCGCUUUCCUUCUACUCCCUUCUCGCCCUCUCGGCAGUGGUGACCAUCGUCCUCGCCCAAGGACAAACCCCCCCAGCUGGCAGCCCAGCUUGCGAAGCCGCCUUGAUCCUUGCUAACGGCAUCAAUAUCAACAUAAUGGAUCAGAAGCAAGAACAACAAGCACUAGCCGCUGUCGACACGGCACUAAAACAAACUCCUGUCGAUAUGAACCAGUUCAACGCUGCCAAGGCGACGCUCCUUACUUUCGUUAACAACGGGAUUGCGAUCCGGGAGAUGAAUCAACAAAUCACACCGUUGGGGAACGCGGCGACGGGGGGUUUGGCUAAGGUAGCUAAUGCACAGCUCGAAGAACUCGGCUUAACCAUGAGUCUAACGGGGAACCCGCAACAAGAUGCCCCGACUGUGGCAACGCUACAGAAGGAUUUCGCGGGCGGGGUAAUGCAGAACAUGCAGAACAUGAUGGAUGUAAGUGAACUAUGA